UCGUACUAUAUACAUCUUCCAUCAAUCAUUUUCUUAUAUAUCAAACCAAUUAAUUUUCAAAACCUUCAGAAAAACAAACCAAUCUUGCAAUCAUUUCUGAAUAAUAUGAUGGUUGAAGCCAUUGCUGGCGCUGUCGCGACUGCGCUGAUUCAAAAGCUACUCGCCAGUGACUUGAUGAAUUUUGCUCGAUCUCAAGGAAUCGAGUCUCAGCUGAAAAAGUGGAAGGAAACUUUGCCCGUGAUCCAAGCUGUGCUUGCUGAUGCAGCCCAGAAGCAAAUUACACAAAAAUCUGUUGAAUUGUGGCUGGUUGAGCUACAGGAGUUGGUAUACGACAUUGAAGAUGUACUUGAUGAUAUCGCCACUGAAGCUAAGAAGCGGAACUUGCAAGAAGAAUCUAGUAAGGUACUGAAGAUGAUCCCAACUCCUCAUGACAUCAUGUAUCGUCGUAAGAUGAGACCCAAGCUAGAUGAGAUCACCACUAGAUUGACACAUCUUUUUGAGCAGAGAGAGGGUCUGGGUUUAAAAGUGAAUGGUGAAACAUCAACUAGAACAAAUAAAGCAGUAGAGGAAACUACUUCACUGCUGCCUGAUGUGUCUGAAAUAUUGGGUCGGCAAGGAGACAAAGAAGUAUUGUUGGGGAAGCUGUUGGGAGAUGAAGGAGGAGCAUCCGGGAUCAGCAUUGUGUCAAUAGUUGGCAUGGGCGGGAUUGGAAAAACAACUCUUGCAAAACUUUUAUACAACGACCAGAAGGUGAAGGAUCACUUUGAACUCAGAGCAUGGGUUUGUGUUUCUGAUGAGUUCGAUGUAUUCAAUAUUAGUAAGCAAAUUUAUCAUGCUGUGGGUGGGUACAAACAAGAUCUUGACACUAUAGAUCGGCUUCAUGUAGCUCUAAAAGAAGAACUAUCAAAUAAAAGGUUCCUAUUAAUUCUGGAUGACGUUUGGAACGAAGACCACAAGAAAUGGGAAGCCCUCAAACAGCCACUAGUAGGGGCACCUGGAAGUAAAGUUAUCGUGACAACCCGGAACACCAUGGUUGCAUCGGUGAUGAAAUCAAUGCAACCUCACAAUCUGGGGGUUUUGUCAGAUGAGACUGCUUUGUCUUUGUUUGCUCAGUAUGCACUUGAAGAACCAAACUUUGACAAACAUCCAUCCCUUUCUAUGAUUGCUCGAGGUAUCGUUAAGAAGUGUGGUGGUUUGCCUCUGGCUUUGGUAACAAUUGGGAGGGUCUUGAACACGAAAGGAAGUGAUGUUGUUGAAUGGGAGGCGUUGCUGAAGAGCAAGAUAUGGAGUUCAGAGGACGGAAGUGGUAUACUUCCUGCACUCAAGCUGAGCUACUAUCAUCUCCCUUCACAUCUAAAGCAAGUCUUUGCAUAUUGCUCCUUGUAUCCAAAAGACCACCAGUUUGAUAAGAACAAACUCGUCCUAAAGUGGAUGGCACAAGGGUUUCUAUCCCAUACAAGAGGCGACAAAUCAAUGGAGAUUUUGGGUCAUGGGUAUUUUGAAGAGCUGCGGUUAAGGUGUUUUUUUCAGCCUUCAACGAAUGACAAAUCACGAUACACAAUGCAUGACUUGAUAAAUGACUUGGCCAAAAGCGUUGCAGGAAAGUUUUUCUUUAUGUUGGAUGGUAAGGUUGAUACAAAUGGUAGGAACGAAGACUUUGAGAAGUUUCGUCACUUUUCAUUCAUAGGUGAACGAGAUGCAGAAUAUAGUAAGUUUAAAGAACUACAUAGAGCUAGAUGCCUGCGAACAUUUUUACCUGUUGGUGGAAGAAGAUUCAAUAAAUUGGACAAUGUUCUUGUCAAAUCACUUACUCAAUUACAGUUCCUCAGGGUGUUGAGCUUAGCUCGUCAUUCAAUAAGAGAGGUACCAGAAUCCAUUGGUAAUCUUAAGCAUUUGCGAUACCUUAAUUUUUCUGGAACGAGCAUCAAACAGUUGCCAAAACAAGUCGGUAAACUUCAUAAUCUUCAAAGUUUGUUGCUUCGUGAUUGUGAUAUAUUAUGUAGGUUGCCAGACACUUUAGUAAUGCUGAAAAACCUGCGACACCUUGACAUGACUAAUACUCCGUCAUUGAAGAAGACGCCUCUAGGGAUUGGUGGCUUGACGAGUCUCCAAACAUUAUCUAAGGUUUGUAUCAAAAGAGGUAACAGGUUUAAAAUAUCUGAGCUAAAGGGCCUGUCAGAUCUCCAAGGUAAACUUUCCAUUAAGGGGUUGGAGAAAGUGACAGAUCCGAUUGAAGCAAAGGAUGCCAAUUUACAGCAAAAGAAGGGCCUUGAUGAUUUGGAAUUGGAAUGGAGCGAUGUCUUUGACGAUUCUCGGGAUCUAGUUAUUGAAUAUGAAGUACUUGAAAGGCUAAGGCCUCCCCCCCAGUUGAAGAAGAAACUGAGCAUUUCUUUCUAUGGGGGAAAGCAAUUUCCUAGUUGGUUUGGGAAUCCCGCAUCAUUUGAUGAGUUAUCAGAACUUAUGUUAAGAGGUUGUAAAAACUGCAUAGAUUUAAUGCUUGGGCAUCUAAGUUCACUUCGGAAGUUGCGUUUGGGUAACAUGAAAGCGAUGAAGACGGUGGUUUUUGAGCUACUAGCACCUACUACUAAACCGUUUCAUGCAUUUCCAUCACUUGAAUAUUUGGAGGUUGAUGAUAUGCAAAGCCUGGAGAUAUGGUCGACUAGCGGUGGUGACGAUGUCGAGACUCCUCCAUCGUUUCCUAGUCUUUGUGCAAUUACAAUUAAAGGCUGUCCGAAACUUGGUAAGGUAUCAUUCGGAUUGAUACCGUCAGUUAAGGAAUUAACUGUAGAAAGAUCCCCUGAAGCUGUGUUGAGAGACUUGGUUGGUGUGUCUUCGUCAAUCCGAACAUUGAAGUUGGAGGCAAUUAAAGGACUGACUCAACUGGACAGAGAAGUCUUGAAACAUCUUGGGGCAGUCGAAGAUCUACGCAUCAUGAAUUGUCAAGAAUUGAGAUACCUGUGGGAAUCAGAAUCGGAAGCAUGCAGGUUUCUUGGGAGUUUACAGAAGUUGUAUGUAUAUAAGUGUUCAAAGUUGGAAUCAAUUAACAAGCAGGGAGAGAAAGAGGUGGUUAAUGUGGGGAGUAACAUCAUUAUGGGAUCUCUUAGACAAGUUACUCUUUGUCAUUGUGAUUCACUAAAGAGUUACUGCUGUCCAAAUAGUGUUGAGAUGUUGGAUAUAUGGUAUUGUGAUUCUUUGACAUCACUAAGCUUCUCUAAAUUGCAGGAUAAU